UUUCAAACAAACCCAACGAAAUGGAAAGGAUAAAACGCGUCGAGCUUUGCCAUUGCUUAUUUCUAAGCAACGUAAAGUUUCUUUGAACUGCUGAGCAGGAAAUUCCUAUCAUUUGGAGGAGUAUCAUCAGGCACUGCGAAACUUAAGUGAAAUAGUGUUAGUUUGACAGCCUUUCUGAAAAGCUAAAUCAUGACUAGCUUAACGGCAUCUCCGACUUGCCAAAGAAGCACGUGCAGAGGCAACGUACCGCCCGGCUCGAAAAGAAUCACCAGAUUGCAAGAGAAACAACAGCUCAGGAACCUCAAUGACCGUCUGGCCGUGUACAUUGACACAGUCCGAAAUGUAGAGUCUGAAAAGGAUAAGAUCAACUUAGAAAUGACUCAAAUAGAGGUGGCGAAAACCCGGCAGUUAUGUAAGAAAAUAGACGCGUAUGAGACUGAGCUCGCCGAUGCCAGAAAGAGUUUGGAUGAUUCUUCUAUGAAUCGAGCCUGGCUACAGAUUGAACUGGGAAAACUCAAAUCUGAGCAUAAAGAACUGUUACAGAGCUACGAUAAAAGGGAAGCUGAGGUAGUAGAAGCAAACACCCGCUUGAAGGACUUGGAAGCUGAGCUCAUCACUAAAGAAGGCCUGCUUACUAAGUCCUCAACUGAAAAGAGCAACUUGGAGGCCAACAUUGCUGAGCUGCAAAGGGAAAUAAGUGAGUUGAAUAGUCUUCUUGCUCAAACCAAGGAGGAGCUUGCUAAUGUAACGCUGUUUCGGGUGGACUUAGAAAACCGCCAUCAGAGCCUCAAAGAGGAGAUGGAGUUUCGUAAGACCCUGCACCAGGAGGAGGUGAAGGAAGCGUGCCAACGGUACGAGACACAUCUGGUGGUGGUGGAGUCUGAGCACAAAGAGGAGUAUGAGUCUAAACUCAGUCUGGCCUUAGCAGAGAUGAGAGUUCAGAAUGAGGAGCAGAUGAGAAUCUACAAAGAGAGCAUGGAGAACACUUACACCGCUAAAAUGGAUAACGCGCGUCGGCUAUCUGAGAUGAAUGGAAAUUCCGCCAGCAUUGCCAGAGAGGAGCUACGAGAGUCCACCUUAAGGGUUGUGAGCCUCACUGCCCAAUUGGAAGGACUUCAGAAAGAGGCUCGUGGUUGGCGUGAUCGCGUAACAGAACUGGAGGAGGCACUCGCUAAGGAAAAAGACGCAAGACGCAAACUACUAUUCGAAAAAGAUAGCGAAGUGGCUCAGAUUCAGAAAAAGAUGGAGCAGCAGUUGAAUGAAUACGAACAACUGCUGGAUGUUAAAUGUGCUCUCGACAUGGAAAUCAAUGCAUAUCGCAAACUUAUAGAGGGAGAAGAGGAAAGAUUGAAGCUGUGUCACAGCCAUUCCUCUCGUGGAGACAUGUCUUCAGUCUCUUCCAGCAGCCGUAGUGUUCACACAACUCAGGGAAAAAGGAAGCGUAUUUUUGUUGAGGAACAGGAAGCUAGCAGCUCGGUAUCUAUUGCUCUUUUUGCCUCCUCAGCCACAGGUCCCAUUGUAAUCGAUGAGAUUGACACUGACGGCAAGUUCAUAAGCCUCCAGAACACUGGCGAGAAGGACCAAGCCAUGGUGGGCUGGGAAGUCAUUAAAGCUAUUGGAAAUGUGACAGCAACGUUCAAAUUCACACCCAGAUAUAACCUGAAGGCUGGACAGAAAGUCACGAUUUGGAUGUCUGAUACUGGCAUGAGUUCCAAACCCCCUACUGAUCUUAUUUGGAGGGACCAGUUCUCCUGGAGAUCUGGAGAGAAAGUCCAUGUGGUUUUGAUCAACGCUAAGGGAGAGGAGGUGGCAAAAAGAAAGACUGCAGAUGAAGAGAAUGUUGAGGAAUUUAGUGCCAUUGAUGAAAAGUUUAUCAAAGAUGACCUUUCCAAAGAAAAUGUGAGUGUGAAACAGAGAUUUUUAGGAGGAUGCCCCUCACAGUGGCCAGAAAAUCUGCUCCAUCAUGUGAGUGCACCCAAACAACUAGACAACUGAGCCGGUCUUUUACAGUUUGGAUUCUACUUGACCUUUUACUUAAAUGCUAAAUGUCUUUGAGUUAUAUUUGUUCUUUUAUAUUUUUAAAUUAUUAAUGCUUUUACACCCUAUGUUUUCAAACGGUCUUAUGCCAUUUUGGAAUGACUAUUGUUUUGUGAAGGAAUUGAAACGUUAAUUCAACUUGAACUUUAGCACAAAAAUCGAAAGUUAUUUAACGUAUAAUUACACAAAUUUGGUACAACGUUGAACAUACAGUGAGGUUAGGCUUUAAGAGUUGAGUAAUCCAAAUGUGAUACUAUCUUACUAAGUAAAAGCAGAGACUAAAUUGGUCAGUUAAUGAUCCAUUGUAAAACCCUUGUAUGCAAGGUGGGAUCACAAAGAAAAUCUUGAAUAGGUUUUGCAAGCUUUAACUACAACUAGUUACCCAAAUACUCUUUGUUUUGGUGUCUUACAGUUUAAGCUAUGGCAGUUAUUGUCACGUUGAAUAAAUAUUUUCCUGCACUA